AUGGAUGACUCUAUGACAGCUGAUGGAGAAAAAAACGCCGGCAAUGGUACGAAUGAUUCUCUUAACCUGGAAACUUUUAGAUUUAAGGAAAUACUUGGUGAAGAUGGUGCCCGUAAGGUAGCUUUCGUACUAUUGGAUGUGAACGACUGUAAUGAUCAAGCUGUUCUGAUUGUGGAAAGGACUCAUUUUCCUCUGAAUGAGCAGGACUGGAACACAAUUAUUUUGCAAAGUUCACUGAAAACAUUAUCAACUAAUGACAUAUAUUCAAAUCAUAUUUUAUUCCCACCAGAGAAGUUUACUGGAAUCAAGACGACGUUAAUAAAUCCAUGUACCGAAAAGCAUAUUGCGAAGUAUCGGAAUCAGAAACGAUAUGUUAUUCAUGAAACGCCGGAUGAUUAUAAGUCCAUCACUUUACCUUAUCUGGAAAAACAUCAAUUCACACUGAAGUGGAUUUUUAAUUUGUUGGAAUACAAAGCCGAAGUAGACCGUCUUAUUUUCGAUGAUGCAGAUCCACAGAAUGGUUUUGUGCUUGCGCCAGACAUCAAAUGGGAUGGCAAAAAUUUGGCGAAUCUUUAUGUUUUGGCAAUCAUCAGGCGGAAAGGGAUCAAAUCCAUUCGGGAUUUAACUGCCAGUGACCUUCCACUACUAGAGAAUAUUUCUCAGAAAAGUUAUAUGGCAAUUAAAGAGAAAUAUGGAAUUGGUAAACAUCAGAUCCGAGCUUAUUUUCACUAUCAGCCAACAUUCUAUCAUUUACAUGUUCAUUUCAUCCAUGUAUCAUACGAUGCACCUGCCAGUGGCGUUGCAAUGGCCUAUCUUCUGGAGGAUGUAAUCAACAACAUAAAAUUGGUUCCCGAUUACUAUCAGCGUUCUACGUUGACUUUUACGGUGAAGGAGAACAACGAACUGCUGAAGUUAUAUCGCACGCAUAUCGAUAAUAACAUCUAA